AUGGUGGUAUAUUUCAGACAUUUUGAUAUGUCCGACGUUCCGAAAACUCAGAAAGCCGCUGUCUACGAUGGGUACAACUUGCCAGUUGAAGUGAAGGAAAUUCCAGUGCCAGAACUUGGCCCUGACGACAUUUUGGUCAAGAUUUUGUAUUCAGGUAAAGGCUGACUCUGUAGGUGCAAAAAUAGGGCGCUUUAGGUGUCUGCCGAACCGACGUUCAUGCGUGGCAAGGGGAUUUCCCCGUUCCGAUCAAGAGCCCACCAAUUGUUGGAGGUCAUGAGGGAGCCGGAGUUGUUGUGAAAUUGGGCUCCAAUGUCAGCAAUUGGAGGAUCGGGGAUCGAGCGGGUGUUAAGGUAAUUUUGUAAGUCGCUAAAGCGAACUUUCCAGUGGAUGAACUCGUCUUGUUUGACCUGUGAGUACUGCAAACGGGGCUAUGAGACGAACUGUCCCAACCUCGUCCUUUCUGGAUAUCAUAGAGACGGUUCUUUCCAACAAUAUGCCGCUUGUAAGGCGUCGGAGGCGGCUCCAAUCCCGGAGAGUUGUGACAUGAAGACCGUGGCGCCAGUCAUGUGCGCUGGAUUGACGGUUUAUAAGGCGUUGAAGGAGGCGGAUGUGAAGCCGGGUCAAAUCGUUGCAAUUAAUGGAGCUGGCGGGGGUUUGGGCUCUAUGGCCAUUCAAUAUGCCAAAGCUAUGGGAAUGAGGGUUCUGGCUAUUACUAGCAAGGAGAAGGAGAGGCAUUGCAAGGAGUUGGGUGAGAAGCUCUUUUAAUAAAAUUUUUUUAUGUGUAUUUUACCAUAACUACCAUUGUGAUCUACGCUAUCUAGCAAGACUUCCAAUAAGGUCUUUUUUAGGAGCCGAAUGGUUCGUUGAUGCCUACGGCAAGACUGAUGUGGCCUCGGAAGUUCAACGCCUCACCAACGGAGGUCCUCAUGGGGUUCUCAACCUGGCCACAACGCCAGCCGCCGCCGAGACCGCAGUGGAUUACGUUCGAACGAGAGGAACGAUCGUCCUCGUUGCCCUUCCCAGGGAUGCCACGGUCACAUUGAAGGUAUUCUGGGCAAUUCUACGGUCCAUCACGGUGAAAGGAUCGCAUGUGGGCACUCGUCAGGAUAUGGAUGAGGCCUUGGACUUCUUUGCCAGAGGUCUGAUCAAGAUCCCGGUGGAGAUGCAACCCUUGAAGAACAUCGCCAGCGUUUUUAAGAGGCUCAUCAACAACGAGGUUCAAGGGAGAAUUGUUCUGGACAUGUGGAACUAA